AUGACGGCCAACGACGAUGAGCUCUGUCGUCAAUUCCUUCGGAUAAGCAUCGAGCAUCGAGCGUCCAACGCUACUUUGGGAACGGGGCACCCAGACUUUAGUGAGCGGGAGCAGUUCGAACGUCGGAAGGGACGGCUUUUAGCUCACCAAGCGCGUCGAGCCGAACGCAUUCACCUGCAUCAAGAAAACGAAAAACAGGAGUUCCAAGUCUUUCUCGAGCAAGAGAUUCCUCCAACGGAUGUCAAGAGGAUCUACAUGACAGAAAUUCAAGAUUCAUUGGUCGUUGAGAAGAUUCAACUGCAGACCAUGCAACUACAAAAUGCCGUUCGUCUGAAUCAAGCAAGACCAUCUAUUCGAUAG